GCCCAUUUCUGCUGUUUUUCACGCCCCGCUUGUUUACAUCCAACUCGCACCGAGCCUCUCUUCCACCGACCCGCGAUCAUGGCUGCCGCCCAGACUCCCACCUUCAAACUCGUCCUUGUCGGCGAUGGCGGUACCGGAAAGGCGAGUAUACAAUGUCCCUUCGUCUCUCGUGGCCCUUAUCUUCGGUGCGCCAAUCAGUGACAUUUGGUCGGGUCACGCUGAAUAUGAUGUGUCCUUUCGGUUCCAUUCCUAGACUGUUGCUGACUUUACUCUAUGGCAUAGACCACCUUCGUCAAGCGCCACUUGACGGGUGAGUUUGAGAAGAAGUACAUGGCUACCCUUGGUGUCGAGGUUCACCCCUUGGGCUUCACUACGAACUUCGGCCAGAUCCAGUUCGAUGUCUGGGAUACCGCCGGUCAGGAGAAGUUCGGUGGGCUCCGUGACGGCUACUACAUCAACGGCCAGUGCGGUAUCAUCAUGUUUGAUGUCACCUCCCGUAUCACCUACAAGAACGUCCCCAACUGGCAUCGCGACCUCGUCCGCGUUUGCGAGAACAUCCCCAUUGUUCUCUGCGGUAACAAGGUCGAUGUGAAGGAGCGCAAGGUCAAGGCCAAGACCAUUACCUUCCACCGCAAGAAGAACCUCCAGUACUACGAUAUCUCCGCCAAGUCUAACUACAACUUCGAGAAGCCCUUCCUCUGGCUCGCACGCAAGCUCGUCGGCAACCCCGCUUUGGAAUUCGUUGCCGCGCCGGCUCUGGCCCCUCCCACCGCCCAGGUCGACGAGAAGCUCCUCGAGCAGUACCGCAAGGAGAUGGACGACGCUGCCCAGAUGCCUUUGCCUGGUGAACUUUCGGACGAUGACUUGUAAAGAUAGAAACGUGGCAUGGAUCAUAAUCCAACCGCGGUGGAGUGGUCGACAGGACAUCGUGAACCGGAGUUUUCAGGCGCAGGCCGGCAAUUGCUGGUCAUGGCCAUUAUGGUAGAAGACGGCACGGCCGGUUCAUUUGGUAGACUCGGAGCUGGAUUGGGGGGUGGGUUACACUUGCUGCUAGACGGCCAGCAUACUUUGAGUAGUUUGACGCCUUACAAGAUGAACACUGAGUCCUUACACUUCCACCAAGGUGUUUCGGGAUACAGUCGUCCCGCUCUUUACUUUGUGUGCAAGUCUCGGCAGACAUCGCGAUGCAUUUAAUUAGAUAGCAAUUCAAUGAUCAGCUGGGCAUAAAUGGUCAAGUAGAUGG